AUGAUAGAGUUUCUUGAGGGCGCGAUCGCGUCCCCGAGGUUCCCCACCGUCGCUGUCCCAGCGGCUGCUGUGAGCCAGGCAUGGAGUCGUCUACGCGCGCCUGGCCAGGAGAUCGGGAUUAUAGAAGAAUCGCUCCGGUUGCUGGCGGAGAACAAGAAAUCCUUGCAUGUCGGGGAAGCGCAGGUCAGAUUCUUGCUUUCUAUGCUCGCCGUGGCAAGGGAUGCGAGUUAUCCCAGGAUAUUGGGCACGGUGUGGGCUUGGGCAGCGCUGGUGAUCAGCGUUUGGGUCCGGCGGUCUCUUCUUAACUCAGUUUCCACUGCCAGCGCCAGUGUUGCCGCGACGCUGGACAGUGUGGCACGGACGUACUGCGAGAUUUUGCAAGACGAGGCCGUGGGCUCGUGCUCUUGUUGCCAGUCGAUCCUUUUGCUAGGGGCAGUGUGCGCUACGCGAGAAUGCCGCGAGGAGACGAGGAGGAGAUGCCAGGCAGCGAUCGUCGAAGAGCUUGGCAAAAGGAAGGAGAGAAUUGCCACAUCUUCGUCACUGCCGGAGGCCCUGGCUGGUGUUGGCUAUGCGGUGAUGGGCUCCUGGGAGGAUUAUAGUUCCGUGCCUUCUAUCAUGACAGGGAGCUUGAUUUUUCUCUGGACGAUGCCGGUGGAUCGUGAGAGUUUGGAAGAUGGAGGUGGCGAGAGAAAAGAUUUCCAGCCACGGCCGUCUUUAGAUUCUUGCGCCAUGCUCUCGAAGCUAUACGAGUUUUUAGGAGCUUGGGCGAGAGAGCAGCGGGUUUUGGAAGCUUUAUGCGAACCAUUGGUGAGCCGUGAUUCUGGAGCUCUGCCGGAGGUCAGGAAUGCGAAGGUGGCGAUAGCAGCAGGCUUGCUCCGUGGAUCCAGAUGGCAGCCAAGCUUGCUUCCCCUGAAGAAGAGCUUGGAGUCUAUGAUAGUAGCUCUAGCAAGUCAGCUGCUACAAGAGAUUUGCGAGAGUGGCCGACUUACUCGCGAGCAGCUACUGCGAUGCAUUGAAGAGCACCGAUCUUUGCCGAUUUCGGACACCCAGCGGCACCAGCUGAGAUGCAUUGCGUUGUCGAUGGUGAGUGGCAGGAAGUUUGAGGAGGCACAGCCGGAGCUUCUGCAUUGUCUGGUGAUCGUUCUUCUGGGAGACGUCCUCGACAUCUCGCAGAUUUAUUCGCCACAGUCGUUGAGCAUCCCCAAAAUGGUCGCUGCUUUAGAGGCGCUCAAGACGCAGGCUGGCGGAGUUUUGUUCAGAGAGGUUGGAUCGCUAGCACGCGCAGUUUGCGAGCAUUAUCGAGGAGUUAGCAGCUUUUACCAGCAGCAGAUCGAGGCUCUCUUCUGGAAGUACUCGUCGAAGCUGUACGAGAGGCACAGAGUCUUCUCAGCGGUGUUCUCCAAAGACCAGGUGCUCAAGGAUGAAAUGCAGAAGAGCAAAGACUUGGUCAAGGCUUUGGAGGCAGUGUUCCUGACGAUAGUGCUGUUUUUCUCGAGCUCUGUGGAUAUGUUGCAUGAGCGGGAAGAGCUGGCGGCCUAUGUUCUGGAUUCUUUCUCCUGCGUGGAGUUCCUCAGGCGUUUCCAAGUCGAUGAGUACACCGACACUGUAAAGAAGUGUGCUCUGCUGGUUUCCGGAAGCCACAGAGCUUCAUCGCAGCUUGUCGAGUUGCUCCCUUCGUACGAGCGUGUAAUCUCCUGGCCUGGUAGUUCUAUUCUCGAGAAUCCAGAUUAUAGCUGGUGUCUUGACGAUGUCCAGACCAGUCGGAUCCAGUUCCACUUUCGGAUCCUCCCUUCGUGCGUGCAGCAGCUGGACGAUAAUAGCGUUGAGAGCGGCGUCGUGCCAAUUCUUUUCCUGUAUGUUUGCCAUCCAUCGAAACAAGCAGCGGAAGCAGCCCACCAGUUAUUCGCAAGCUUUUUGUCCCGGAGGGCAGAUUCAGCACGCGAAGGAUCUCUGGCGGAGCAGCUUGGAGUGUUUUAUAUCAACAGAGCAAUGGAGGGAUAUCCAGACUUCACUCCACUGGAAGGACUCGUCGCUGGAGUAGUGGAGAUCGUCCGUUGCUUGCCCGCUGGAAGCGUAACCAUCCGCCAUUGUAUCGAUCAACUCGUCUCCAAAACGCAACUCUUGAUUGGCCUCCUCGGCGCUGGAGCUGCUAGCGACGAAGCCGUGGCUGCUAUUCGAGCUCUGCUUCUUCACCUCCUCCUCAUCGUCGACAUACAGGUUCUUCCACACUUGAUGCAGAAGCUCUCCAAGCUCAUACUAGCGUCUCUUCCAUCACCAGCCGCCCAAGAAAAAGCUUUGGAGGAAGUGUUUGCUGUUGUCUCGACUUGCGAAGAUCACAUACGCAAGCCAGCUUUAGUGGCGUGGCUCCAGUCCUUGUGGUUCUUACAUUCACAAGCUUCCCCUAGGCUGUAAUCAAAUCACCUUUUGGUGGGAUGUGGACGAGCAUUAGAUCGACGAAGUAGCGAUGUGCCAGCCCUCCAUUGCUGCAGCAGUGAUCGUAGCGCCAGGAAAAGGUCAUGUCGUAGGCAUCCACAAACCUUGGAUAGAGCAGGAUCGUGGAGACGGGCAAGAGGAUGACUCGGGGUCGCAACAUCAACUCCAGUGGCCGGAAUCUCAAGCAUCUUGUCCAAAAACCAUGAUAAUUCUUUAAAAGGAUAAAGGCUA